UUAACUGUCCAACAUGAGGUUUAAAAUGAGACUGUUUGUUGCCAUUUUUACGAUAUGUUUUUUAUUUAAUUUUCAUACUUGGAACUAUCUUUCAUACUUUUCUACAACAGUUGAAUCGGGCGAUUAUCAAGACAAACAUGAUAAGAUGGAAAACACUGCGUUCAAUAAGACGCAUGUUGUCAUCGAUAAACUGUUGUUCUUUAAGUUAGUGCGCAGCUAUGAAACUGGAAAACUAAUGAAAAGAAUGACAAAACAAAGUGGAAUGGCCAGUGGAAAGGGACAGGAACCAAGAUUGGAUGGUUUUGAUACAAACGAUCCUAGUAAAAAUGGAAGAACGAUGUUAAAGAAAGGCCGACCGAUAUUCUUUCUUAAAACGCACAAGACGGGGAGCUCGACAAUCCAGAAUAUACUCAUGAGAUACGCCGAUAGGCAUAACCUGACAUUAGCAUUACCGUCAAAACCUUCUUCAUAUCAUUUUAAGUACUGGCACCCUUUUCAGAAUGACAGCGUCAUUCCUCUGGUAUCGCCAAAUGGUACUUAUGACAUCAUGUGCCAUCAUUUGGUGUACAGUGAGGAAGUUAAAUAUAUCAUGCCAAAGGAUGCAUAUUUUCUUACUAUACUACGAGAGCCAAAAAGCCUUUUCGUUUCCUCGUAUAACUUCUUUGGAAUUGGUGGACAUAACUGCAACCGUACAGCAAAUGAAUUUGUAGAGAGAUCCAUCCCUGAUGAGGUGCCACAAAAAAGCUCGUUUCGAACACUCAAGUCCAACUAUUCCAAGUGUGGUCCGGGGCAAUGGGUGCGUCAUGGCGUUCUUUACGACGCAGGGCUAUCUUAUGACGAAAUUGAUAAUCGAACAAGAUUGAAUGAUAUUAUCCAAAACUUCGAUAAGGAAUUUGAUUUUGUAAUGUUGCUAGAAUAUAUUGAUGAAUGUUUAGUCAUGCUCAAGAAUCAGUUCGGUUGGACGGUGGAAGACAUCCUUUACAUAAAGCAGAACGAAGCCUCGUCUUCUAAUAAGACGCUUCAAUAUCUAUCACAACAGUCAAAGAAAAAGCUAGAUGAAUAUAUGUAUCAAGAACACGUCAUGUAUGACUAUUUCAAUGCAAGCUUUUGGCGCAGGGUAGAUGAAUACGGACGGCAACGUUUAGCAAAAGAAGUAGACCUAUUUCGACAGCUAAAUUCAGAAAUUGGCAAGUCAUGUAUUAGCCACCGCACAGACAGAGAUAAUGUAACUGAUAGUUUAUUAAAACCAUGCUGCAAAGGACUCAAGGGAUAUGUUUUGAAUCCAGCCAAACGCCACGACUGGAUGUGCCGUCGUUUAGCGGCAGCCGAAUGGGCGUACACAGACUUACUGAGGAACAAAAUGGAAUUACGCAAAGUAAUUCGACCGAAGUUACGAAAUUAAGUAACAUAGAGUAACUCGCACAGGUUUUUAAAGAUCUAGAUGACCACCGAAAAAAUUGAUGAAGUUGGAAAGCUCUUGUUCUGUUGAUUAAAUCUGCGUCAAAACUAAUUUGAGACGAGCUGAGAAGGCUGAUGUAAUGGCAUACUGUAAUGCUAUCCUCAAUAUACAGAUUUUCUUUUCAUUAAUAGGCCUUAACCCAGGGACUGGACUGAUGAACCCCCUCCCUGUCACAUCGAACGCAAUUGAUAAUUCCGCAGAACAAGAAAUAACAUUUCUAGACGUUUGUACAUACAAACAUUCAUAGUAGUUUCUCCUCUAGAUCUUUUCUCUUUUGUCCCCUGUCCAUUUCGUCUUCGUUACUCGUUUCAUCAAAAAUUUUCCUUGGCAUUGGUCAGGGAAUUGUUGAACACUCCCCUGACAAUAUAUUUAUUGUUGGCAACUUUAGAGAUGAGCGCAUCGGCAGUCCAUACAGUCGCCUUUCUGUCAUUGUACUGUGAAAGAAAUAUGCAGCAAAGACGAGAUGUAAGUGGUGCUGGGCAAAGUGGUACUUCUACAACAAAACAGUAUUAAUUUUAAAGGGAGAAAAUAACUAAGCAAGAUUUGUUAGACGACCCCGAAUCACUUGCCCCGAAAU